GCUGGCCACUAUGCAGCUGAACACCUUUGCAAGGAUUCAACGAAGAAAUCCUACAGCAAUGGGGCCAACGUUCAAAUGGUCAUCGAGAACAGCGAAAACUCUUUUGUUCCCACGGUUGGCCGCUGGGGCAGCGAAUGGCCUAGCUGACUCGAUGACAGAAGCUAUUGGAGACCAAAUGGCACCCUCUUAGGGGAUGAUGUGGGGGACCUAGAUGUGACCCCCAUCGAUUCGAAUACCAUUGGAUUGGACAGGCUUGAUUCGUUGCUUUUGGAAGGAUCUGAAGAAAAUGAUGACGUUCACGAGUAUUUCGGCAGCUCGAAUGGGAAAUUAACAACUUCUCCAACUCCAUACCUCGACAACAACAACAUCAAGAACUCCUUUUAUGGACUUUUAGAUAAGACCCAAGUGAUAAACGCUUGGCCAACAGAACAUCCUUUACCAUUACCAAAAUGGAAGACCAGAGUUCAGAAAACUUAUUAUCUCGAAGAUAUGGAGACUUAUCAGAAACUAUGUUGGGACAUUGAAGUCAAUUUGCAGAAGUUAUUGGAGGACCUUAACUAUGACACCGUUAAUAAUUUGCUGACCUUCUAUCGAGCCUACAAGAAAUGGGGUAGAGGAGACUUUAUCACGUUUUUCAGAAGCUAUUCACCACCAGUUUGUCCGCCCAAUCUAACAUGUGUAGGACUGGCAUUAGAAUUAUGGAAUAGAUUAUGUAUACUAGAUGACGAAUUUCCUAACAUAAGCGAGCACUUUUUCAUUGUCUCAUGUGAAGAAAACAUUGAAUUAUUAGAACAAUACAUAUCCAACGGCAGAUUCUUGGAUCCAUAUUCGGUGGAAAAGGAACAUGUACUUCUCGCUUUGAAGAUUCAAGUAGGCAACCGACAAGGAAUAUUGUUAUCGGACCCUGGAUAUCAUAUUGGAAGAGUUGUUACAGUGAUGAAGGAUAAAUCUUAUCCACAUACUGGUUGGUUUGUUCAGUCGAAUGAGAACAACAUGAAAAAAGAAUACAGUUAUGAAUAUUCUGGCCUGAGCAAUGAUUUUAUAGAGUGGAAAUCUUUAAAUGUGAAGGGUGAAGUUGUACAAAGUUCGGAAUCUGCUCUCAUUUACGUCGCUAGAGCUUACCAGACAGCAGUUGAUGUAACGGAAAGAAGAAAUCUAGUAUACAACUUUAGAAGCUUACUAUCUAGAGACCAAAAGGGUCAUCUCAUUGCUGGAAUUUAUUUCAAAAUGAAGGAAAACUCAGAUGAAUUUACCAUGUUCUACAAGGAAGGAGAUCUUAAGAGAAGGGUCAAAAUGAAGUUUUCUCAAUUUUCCAAAGGUGAAGAAGUUGAUGGAAUAUCUGCUGAAUUGAUAAAUAAAUGCAACGAACAACUCAAUCUCCCAGUCAACUCCCUACCCCAACUACUACGAGAAAUUGGGGAAAUGAUGCAAGACAGAAGUUUCGUUUCGAUAAUGCUUGGAGUAAAUAAUGAUAUCGGCAUGUUUGCGGAGCAUUAUUGACAAAGAGCCAAAAAUAAAGAAACCCUCAGGUUUUUUUCAAUACUUUUUUUCAUUAUAUUGGUUGUGGUCUUUAUUGACAUUUUAACUUCUUGACAUUAUGUAGUAUAUUUAUUAGUUUUUAUUCCUAUUAUAUCAAUUAUAUCAAAAUUGAAAAAAAAAAUACUAAAAUUGUAACCUUAGUCCUUGUUGAUUUGUAUUCAACAUUAAAAUUAUAUUUGACUUUUACCAGCUUGUUUAGCACCUUAUGAAUAAAUGAAUGAUAAAUACACAA